AUGAACACUUCUGAACAAACCGAUGAUCCAAUUUAUGACCUGAAGGAGUUUGAAAAAAGCUUGGAGUUAAAUGAAAAGGAUGAGCUUGCAUAUCUGAAUCAGUAUUAUACCAAGAAAUUUUUCUUAGAUACCAACGAAAACAAUACAGAGGAUCUUUACAUUUAUCAAGCGCCUAAUAAACUGUGCGUAAUAGGGUUAGCGCCUGCGCAUCCCUUACUUCAACUUUCAUCAUUCACUGAUCCUCAACUACCAAAAAUCAAGACCAUUCAGUAUGAUUCUAACGUUUUAAGCUCUAUUAACAAGAAGCGACAAAAUCCCUUGUCGAUUAAUUCCGAAAUUUGUGUGAUCACGACAGAAGACGGAAGAACAUAUAGCAUCAAGGCCGGUGUCAUUGGCUGGGUGGUUGAUAUCAAUAUGCGAUUUGAGGAGGAAAUUGAUUUAUUGCAACAUAAGAAGAUGGGAAAUUUUCUUUCACGAGAAGAACAAUUAGAGUUUGCAGAGACACUCUCUCUACACAAUAGUUCUGAUGGAACAAAAGGAUUUGCUGAUGCAACAGACACUAUUGAAAAUAACCAUGCGUUGAAAGAAGAGUUGAAAAUUUCGGAAGAUUUUUUUGAUCUUGAUGCAAUAAAGCCGCCCUUGAUGCAUCCGUUCAUAUUUAUUAAGGAUAUUUGCACAAUAUUUAGUAUAGAACAACCGGUGUAUGGGAUAAUUCAAGAUCACAGUACAAAACAGUUUAGAUGCAAAGCAAAAUUCAUGAACUAUGUAUUCCUUUCACAGAAACUAAGGAUAAAUGUGGAUUCCGCUAAGGCUGAUGCUGCUGUUCUGAUUUUCGUCAAAAUGAAUGAAGUGCUUUCUAUAGACCAACGUAAAGCCUUGAUCUCAAAAUAUGUUGACCAAGUAGAGCAUCAGAUGACAGAUUCUAAUCAGAUAAUUGUAGAAGAUGUAAGUAACAACGGAAGAGCCGAUGCGGUCAUUCAGGUAGCCGAAAAAUGUAAAAAUGUUCGAGAAUUGUCAGAUUCCAUCCAACAGGGUGAAUCACCACCAAGUUCUCCGCUAGAAAUUGAGCCCGUGACAUAUUUAAAAGAUCUAGGAUCAACAAAUCGACAAGAGAUCAUGACGCCACCGGCCAGUCAAACGAUAACACAGUCAGUCUUAUGUGAGCAAGAUAUGGAAUCGCCAGAAUUCAAUGACUCUGACUCUUCUGAUAACAGCGAUAGUAUCCAUUCUCAUGAUCAAUUUAUCGAUUAUGGUGACGGAGACCUCGUACAAGCUCCAGUCAAAUCGAAAUCGUGUAGUUCCUUUAUUGAUGGUGCCAAUACGGAUCGCCGCCAAAAAGAUGUGGAGAAUAUUUCAUCUACUUUAGAUAAUAAUAAUUCGACUGUUCCGUCUUUAGUACGAACGAAAAAAUCGCGCAAUGCCCUGCUUUCACUCUCGUCAUUUCAUCACUCAACACAUCGCACCAAAACUCCAUAUUCCAAAACUUCAUCCUUUUCGGAUUGUAAGAACUAUCCGUAUCUUCUCGAAAAAUAUUUGGAGCCUAUGGGAUUUACGAUUAUUUCGCAAUAUAAAGAGGAGAAAAUUGGCAAUGGAACUAUAUACGCCCGAAAAAUUUACGUUUGUAAUAUUUCCUUUAAAGGCAAAAGGUUUUCUCCUUCCAUGAAGUUCUGUGGAACGGCCGAAAGGUGUCAAGCUGACGCAUACUUUGAUGCGUGCAAGAACGCUUACUCUGCUUUCAUGACCAAUUCGUGGAAUGUCUGA